CCUCGCGGAUAUUACAUCAGUCUUGCAAGCUCCAUUCGGACAAUUAUUUAUUGGUCGAAAAAUUUCGAAAAUUCGUGCGUCGUUAUGGAUUAUCUAACAAUCUCUCUCUCGCUGAUAACCGUAUUCGUGGCCGUUUAUUACCUAGCCACGAGGAACAACGACUUUUUCAAGAAGCAUGGGAUACCGCACGUGCCGCCCGUCCCGUUCCUAGGAAACAUGGGCUCGUUGGUCAGACAAAAGUCCAACUUGCACGACGUGAUAGAUCGGACGUACAACCUCGACCCCGGCGCCAAAUACGUGGGCAUUUACGAGUUCACCACUCCUAUAAUAAUACUCCGCGACCUGGACUUGAUCAAGACGAUCACGAUGAAGUAUCUCGAUCAUUUCCCCGAUCAUCGUUCCUUCGCCUACGAGGGCGCCGACCCCGUGUUCGGCAGCAUGCUGUUCGCGAUGAAGGGGGAACGUUGGAAGGAGCACAGGAACAUGCUCACCCCGACCCUCACCUCGAGCAAGAUCAAAGGUAUGUUCAAGCUGAUGACCGAGUGCGCGGUCCGAUUCGCCGACUUUUUGUCCGUGCUGCCCGAAAACGAGCGCGAGACGGAGAUGAAGGCACUGCUCUCGAGAUACGCCAACGACGUGAUAGCCAGCUGCGUGUACGGCGUCUCCGUCGACUCGAUAAACGAUCCAAAGAACAUAUUCUACGUGUACGGGAGGAGAGGGACCAACGUGGUCGGCUUGAAGAAGAGCAUGUUCGUGUUGAUCCACAGGAACAUGCCCUGGCUGGCCAAGCUGUUCGGCUUGAGAUUCCUCGAGAAACACGUGCAAAAGUUCUUCUACGACCUCGUCUACGAGACGAUCGAGAGUAGGGAGAAGUUGGGCACCAACAGAUCGGACGUGUUGCAACUGUUGAUGGACAUAAGGGACAAGGCGAACAGUUCCGGGAAAAUGACUACGAUGACCGUCGAGAACGUAGCCAUUCACGCGUUCACCUUCUUCUUCGGCGGUUUCGACUCCAUCACCUCCGUCACCACCCUUUUGACCCAAAUGCUCGCCGAGCACCCGGACGUGCAGGCGAGGCUGCAGCAGGAGAUCGACGAGACGUUGAGGAGCAACGACGGUGUGUUGACCUACGACGCGGUCCACGGGAUGAAAUACAUGGACGCCGUGAUCAACGAGACCAUGCGCUUCUGCCCCGUCCUCCCGUUCCUGGACAGGAUGUGCGUCGAGAGUUUCCAAUUGCCAGCCCCCGUACCAGGCGGCCAACCUUUCACCCUCCGCCCCGGGAUGAACGUUUGGAUCCCGUUGGCUGCGAUCGGCCGGGACCCGGAAUACUUCGAGGAUCCGGACAAAUUCGACCCGGACAGGUUUCUCAAUCCCGAGGCGGGGAUCAAAAAUUCGGGGGCGCACUUCCCGUUCGGCCUCGGCCAGAGGAAGUGCAUUGGCGAACGGUUCGCCAUGAUGGAGAUGAAGGUGUUGCUGUGCUACGUCCUCGCCGCGUGUAACGUGAGGAUCGGCUCCAAGACGACCGUCCCGAUGAAAUUGGAGAAGGGUUUGAUCAACGCGAACGUCAAAGGCGGUUUCUGGCUGAAGAUCGAGCCUAGGAAGGUUACUUAUUACAACUCUUCUCGUUCCAAUUGAUUUAAUUAGUAUUAUCGUAUGUAUUAGUGUUUUGUAUAUGAUUUGAGUUUGAAUAAAAGAGUAUAUAUCGUUUGAA